GAAAUUAUAAAAGAAAAAAAACAUCACUUCUUUUCCUGGAAUUUCUUGCUAGCUUGACUCAGUUCAGAUAUUAUCUAUCAUAUCUCCUCCCCUUCACAGAUCUGCCAGGUUAUAGAGGGGUGUAGCCAACAUGUAGUGGAGUGCAAGAGCUGAUAAGCUUCAUUUCCUGCAGAUUGGUGAGUAAACAAGUUGAAAAUGAGCCGUUUUUGGAUUAACGUACAAGCUCUGUUGAAAAAAAGUGGAACUAUAUUAAGUUUUCUGAAACCGAGAGGUGAAAUGGAGCAGCUGGACCAGGAAAACUUCUCUUGUUCAAUAUGUCUGGAUCUACUGAAGGAUCCGGUGACUAUUCCCUGUGGACACAGCUACUGCAUGAACUGUAUUAAAAUCCACUGGGAUGAAGAGGUUGUGAAGGAAAUCUACAGCUGCCCUCAGUGCAGACAGACCUUCACACCGAGGCCUGUCCUGGUGAAAAACACCAUGUUAGCAGGUUUAGUGGAGGAGCUGAAGAAGACUGGACUCCAAGCUGCUCCUGCUGAUCACUGCUAUGCUGGACCUGAAGAUGUGGCCUGUGAUGUCUGCACUGGGAGGAAGCUGAAAGCCCUCAAGUCCUGUCUGGUGUGUCUGGCUUCUUACUGUGAGAAACACCUCCAACCUCAUUAUGAAUCACCUACAUUCAAAAAACACAAGCUGGUCGACCCCUCCAAGAAGCUCCAGGAGAACAUCUGCUCUCGUCAUGAUGAGGUGAUAAAGAUGUUCUGCCGUACUGAUCAGCAGUGUAUCUGUUAUCUCUGCUCUGUGGAUGAACAUAAAGGCCACGACACAGUCUCAGCUGCAGCAGAAAGGACUGAGAGGCAGAGAGAGCUCGAGGUGAGUCGACAAAACAUCCAGCAGAGAAUCCAGGACAGAGAGAAAGAUGUGAAGCUGCUUCAACAGGAGGUGGAGGCCGUCAGUCGCUUUGCUGAUAAAGCAGUGGAGGACAGUGAGAAGAUCUUCACUGAGCUGAUCCGUCUCAUCCAGAAAAGAAGCUCUGAUGUGAAGCAGCAGAUCAGAUCCCAGCAGGAAACUGAAGUGAGUCGAGUCAAAGAGCUUCAGGAGAAGCUGGAGCAGGAGAUCACUGAGCUGAAGAGGAAAGACGCUGAACUGAAGCAGCUCUCACACACAGAGGAUCACAACCAGUUUCUACACAACUACCCCUCACUGUCACAACUCAGUGAACCUACAGACUCAUCCAGCAUCAAUAUCCGUCCUCUGAGAUACUUUGAGGAUGUGACAGCAGCUGCAUCAGAGCUCAGAGAUCAACUACAGGACAUCCUGAGGGAGAAAUGGACAAACAUCUCACUGACAGUGACUGAAGUGGAUGUUUUACUGUCAGAACCAGAACCCAAGACCAGAGCUGAGUUCUUAAAAUAUUUGUGUCAAAUUACACUGGAUCCAAACACAGUAAACACACGUAUGUCAUUAUCUAAAGGGAACAAAAGUGUAAGAGUAGUGAGUCAACAACAGUGUUAUCCUGAUCACCCAGACAGAUUCACUAAUUGGUAUCAGGUCCUGAGUAGAGAGAGUCUGACUGGACGUUGUUAUUGGGAGGUGAAGAAGGGUAAGGGAGGAGUUUCAGUGGUAGUUGCAUACAAGUCUAUCAGCAGAGUUUUGACUCUAAAUGAAUUUGGAUUUGGAAAUGAUUACAGAUCCUGGGCCAUUGAUUUUUUCAAAAAUCGUUGUCAAUUUAGACAUGAGAAUAUCAGCGUUCCCAUCUCAAGUCCUCGUUCCUCCAGGAUAGGAGUGUAUCUGGAUCACAGUGCAGGUAUUCUGUCCUUCUACAGCGUCUCUGGAACCAUGACUCUCCUCCACAGAGUCCAGACCACAUUCACUCAGCCUCUCUAUGCUGGACUACAGCUUUUUUGUCCUGUAGGAAAUACUGCUGAGCUGUGUGGACUUGAGUAGGCAAGAGUUACUGAUCAGAAAAUGUGUGAUACUCAGUUUUUCCAACUACAAUUUUCGUUUUGUCAACAUUUUUAUUUCUAAGAGCAAGAGUGUUUGGAACAAUCUUAGUAUUAAGCUAAUGUUCCUCAAUGAUAAUAACUCCUCAAUGUUAUUCCUCAAUUUUUGCAAAACAAAACUGGAAAUGUAAAACAUGUCAUUCUGACAGGAUGAUGAUUUUCACAGGAAAAAGCUACUAAACAGAGUUUCCACCAAAGAAAAAAACCUUAACAAACGGGACGUAGUUUCAGUUUUUUAUCAAAUUAAAUCAUUAAAUUGUCAACUAUAGAAAGCAUGGUGGAAAAGUACUCGGUAAAUAUAUCAAUAUCAUAUACUGAUAUACUUUAUUUAAAUAUUUUCAGUAAAUGUUUGAAAAUAAAACUGUAAUUUUUCAGAAUUUGACAACACUGAUGCGUUAAGUUACCAUUGUUUUUAUUGUAAGUAGGUCUGAUAUAUAAUCCAUAUAUGUACUGAUGAACAGUUGAAACUGUCCAUCCAAACUGUCAACUGUCCAAUCCACUAAUAGCUUGAACAUUUUUAUGCAGAUUAUUAUGAUUAUAGUUGUUCUUAUUGUUUUAAGUUGAGAUUUCUCAAUUGCCAUGAUGCUCAUGAUGGUCUGAAUGCUGUGUAGAGUUGACUGUCUCAUAUGUUUAAAUGAAUGAUUUGUGUGAAG